AUGUCUUUUCGAGGUGGAGGUCGCGGAGGAUUUAAUCGAGGUGGCGGCUUCGGUCGCGGCGGCAGCAACAACAACCACUUCCGAGGUGGAGGCGGCGGUAAUUUCAGAGGCGGCGGCGGCAGAGGAGGAUUCGGACGAGGGGGAGGCCGUGGAGGCUUUAACAAAGGCCAAGACCAAGGACCUCCAGAACAAGUAGUUUUGUUAGGAGAGUUCCUGCACCCUUGUGAAGAUGACAUAGUGUGUAAAUGUACCACAGAUGAAAAUAAAGUACCUUAUUUCAAUGCUCCAGUUUAUUUAGAAAACAAAGAACAAAUUGGAAAAGUGGAUGAAAUAUUUGGACAGCUUAGAGAUUUUUAUUUUUCAGUUAAAUUAUCAGAGAACAUGAAAGCAUCGUCCUUUAAAAAACUACAGAAGUUUUAUAUAGACCCAUAUAAGCUGCUGCCGUUGCAGAGGUUUCUACCUCGACCUCCUGGUGAAAAGGGACCUCCAAGAGGUGGUGGCAGGGGAGGUCAAGGAGGAGGAAGAGGCAGAGGUGGCAGAGGUGGUAGAGGUGGCGGUUUUAGAGGUGGAAGAGGAGGUGGAGGUUUCAGAGGAGGAAGAGGGGGUGGUGGUUUCAGAGGAAGAGGACAUUAAGUGUGACAGUUGACAGAAACUUCACCAGUCGACUUCUGCAUUAACCUCAUAAUCUGCUUCAGUGGAUCAGAAACUUGUUUCUUGAGCACAUUUUGAAGAACUGGUCUUUUAGGACAGUGGAGCUAAAAUGUCAACGUCAUGCAAAAAUGAGUGUGGCAGAACAGGCAGCUUUGCCUCAGAAGAGUAUGAAUAAGUGUUUUAACAUUUUGUACAAUGUUCGGAACUUUGUGGGUGUUUAAUAAAGGGACAGCUUUUAAUUGGAGCAUAUUUGAAUUUUGUAAAUAAAGUGUUUUAUUUCUUUAAGUAA